AUGUGUCGAGGCUUUAGCUUGGCUAGCGACUGCAUCGGUCCCAAUUGCAAGACGGAUGGAAAUUGCACCUUCGACUGUCUGAGCGCUGACGAUAAUUCGACCACUAUAGUUGUGCUGGUGGAGUUUGGAGACUAUCGGAGUGCACAAGAAGUGGCAGCAGGGAACUACAGUGACGCGGACUUAAGCGGUUACCCGGAUGACACGAAUGAGUGGCCUUCAGUGUCGAACGACCAAGUGGAUACUCUCGGAUCAAUCGACCUGUCUUCACAAGUUACAACACUUACUGUAUCAGGCGGAACUGCUGCGUCAAAGUACCCUAAAGGCAAGGUCUCCAGAAUAUCGUUGACCUCAAACUUUAUUUAUCUACAGACGGAGGUGACGAAGGUGGCGCUUCAAAAUCUUGACCUGGGAACACAAAUUAACUUGCUACCAGAUUAUCUACCCUCAUCGGUACAGACGCUCGACCUCAGCAAUACACUACUACAAGCGUUCCCAACGGAAUUAGGCAAUAUGGCCUCACUCCAGCGAUUGAUGCUGGAUAACAAUUAUUUAUCAACUCUACACUCAAACAAUGUUAUUGAUUCCAUCACCACCCUGAGCUUGGAGGGCAACAAUAUCAACACCUUCAAUGGAGUUUUUCCUGACUUAGAAUAUUUGUAUCUCGGCAAGAACAAUUUGGCUAGCAUUCCACCUGCGAUCUAUCGGCACCCCAAACUGAAGUCACUAAAUUUACUGGGGAACAAAUUCUCAUCUCGAUAUUUCACAGCAGAUCAAGUGAAGUUUUUGCGGGAUCUGGACACGUUGGGGCUUUCUGAUUCAGAUUUUCAAGUUCCUGUGGGGUGUGAUGACACGGAGCAGAGCGUUAUAAACGGAGUAACAGUAUGUCUUACGGAUAGAGACUCCUCUGAAUACGUUGGAAAUGGUUCGGAUGCGUCGAGAGCAACGCAAGUGGAUGAUUUGGAUUCGAACGCUUCUGACAUGUCAUCGACAAUAACACGUCUGGUAUUGGGUAUCGUUUACGGGAUCUCAGCUGUAGCGCUGGUUGGUAUCUUCGUGUUCACUGCCACGCAAAAGAAACGACCACGGAAUCCCGAGCAGAAUACUGCGGUUGAAUACAAUGGUGGCCACACCGUUACCCCAGAAAAUGGCAAUCGACAGAAAAAGAAGCUGCGUUCUAGCUCAAACAAACGUAUCAAGGGCCUCACAAGACAUUCCAGUAAUUUCUCGAUGGGCAUCCCCACUUCAUCACGAGGUGAUGAUGACAGCAUCGACAUUCCGGUUCUUGAGGCUUCCAGCAUCAGUACUUCGAAGUAUGCGUCUGCUGUUCGGACGACACCAGAAACGUCGCUUUGGAAUGACUAUGAGCUUCUAUCACUACAGCUUUGUGUCGAUUCUAUCCAGGAAAUCAAGCAACUAG